AUGACUCCUUCCAUUCUCAUCGUCGGCGCCACCGGCAAUACCGGCCGAGCUGUCGCUCAUACACUGCCAAAGUUGCUUCAAUCCAGCAGUACUUUGUCCGGGCACCGCAUCAUUGUUCUCACUCGCUCCUCGGGCAGUCCGGUGGCACAAGAGCUUGCCAAAGUGACUGGAGUUUCAUUGAUCGAACAGAACUGGGUUGAGAUAACCACCGACUGGCUCCGUGAGCACAAGGUUGCUAGGGCAUUUAUUGCAUCCCACAAUGAGCCCAACCAAUUUGCCGAAGAAUCGACCUUCCAUCUCAACGCCCUCAGCGCCGGCGUCAAGUAUGUCGUGCGGAUCUCAACUACGGCAGCAAAUAUCCGUCCGGACUGCCCUGCCUAUUAUGCACGCCAGCACUGGGCCAUCGAGACUCUCCUCGGCUCACCCGAGUUCAAUGACUUGCAAUGGACCUCUCUUCAACCGAACGUUUUCUCACCACUCAUUAUGUCCCCUGCUGCGGAGUUUAUCAAGAAAUACCACAGGACUGGAGAGCAGGAUACACUUCGGCUGAUGUUGUCAGAGGAUGGGCCCGUCGGCAUUAUCGAUCCUGACGAGGUUGGUGUUAUUGCAGCUCAUCUCUUGUCUCAAGAUGACACUUCCGCUCAUAAUAGGGCUAAGUACGUUCUAAAUGGACCCGAGGACAUCACUGGAAAGAAGAUUGUCGGCAUGGUUGAGCAGCACAUUGGUACGCCCGUCAGAGACGUUAUCUACAAAGACGUCUCGUUCGUCGACAUGUUGUAUGAGUACCAGUAUGCGGCAACCAAGCAAUCAAAGAACCUCAUCUACUCAAACAAGCGGGCUCCAGAGUCAGCGUGGGAAGGGAAAUGCUCGACUUCUACAACCAGCAACGAGAUCAUGGAGCUUGCUGCUCCAAAGCGCACAGCUGCUGGUACCUUGAAGGCUUUACUUGACAGGUAA